UUCCGUAUACAAGCAACUCGCCCACUUUUAACAGUCGGCAGCCUCGCGCGCACUUCGCCGACUCUGAACAACUAGUUGAGUGUUGACUCGCCGACAGACAUACCUGCAAUGGCUAGGAUGCUUGCUACUAUUAUUAUGCUGUCAUUCUGCUCAAUGACUACCGCUCUUGAAUGUCGGGAUGGCCUCAUAACCUACGAGUGUAUCAAUUACGAUUGUUGCUGUGACGGCGGUACUCGUUGCUGUGAAUGCUCAACUUCCUUGCCUGUGUGGGGAUGGGUGGCUAUAUUCGCCGGUUCUGCUACUCUUGUAAUUGCUAUCACCGCGGCAACUUGGUGGCGGCGUCGACGUCUACAUGGGCAACAACGGGUCAUUACAACUGCGCCAGCGAGUACCAUUGUCAUUGCAGAUCAGCCCAGUUUUGGCAGCAAAAGCGUUGGAUAUGUGCGGAUGUGAGGGAAAUCACGAGUCCGUUUACCCAAACUUCUUCUAUUGGACACAUGUUAGAGCAUGUGGACUGAAGACUGGUCUAGCUGAUUUGAUGUGCGUAUAUGUUUCUUGAAAUUAGACAGUGCUUGUGAUUCUGAAUGCAUGCAUAGUGUGGCAUGUGAUUGCUGGAUUUUGUUAUUUUGAAUUACGUAUUGUCUCAACGUGAUUAAGGGCCUCGGUCAUUACUAA